AUGACCGAUUCUUCCCCUAAAACUCCUGCUGAGACUUCCACUAACGAGCAACAGGGUCUUCGCCGCUCCAGCCGCUCAACCCGUGGCCAACUCAGCCAGAACCGCUUUCUCCUACAGCACUUUGUUAUAGGAGAAGAGGCAUCUCGCCCGAUUCCUGGGCCUGGACGUCGCCGUGCCAUCGCAAAGCCCAAGCCUGAUCAUGACGAUGGGUCGGGUCUGCUGGCACAAUCAGCACCCACAGCCUCCAACAAUUCACGUCGGCCUGGAAGACGGAGCGUGAGCAACAAUCCCUCCAUUUUUGGGAGUCGUGAGGAGACACCGGCCGUAUUGGUAAGCCCUAGGCGAAGCAGUGUCCCAGCUGCUUGUCCUCUUCCAGCCCGUAUUCAACAUAUUGGUGAUCGUCGCCGAAGUGCCUCCCCGCCCCAGUUGGCUUCUGCAAACAUGAGAGAUCGUCAAGACCCGGCCCCCCAGCAGCAGGCAAUCCCUGCGUUCCCUUGGCAGCCAGCCUUUCAGUAUGGAUUUCAAUGGUCUCCUCAGUAUCAGGCCUUAGGGCAGCAGCAGAUCCCAUUCUUUACAACAUCUGCGCAGCCCGGUCAGAUGGCUCCGCCUCAACUCUUUGAGCAGCAACCUCAAGAAUCUGCCUCCGAUGCCCCCGGAGUCUUUGUGAAGCCAGCGGAUUUGAUGCUAGACGUACAGGGCCUGAUCAAUCCAGAGAUGAACCAUAUCCCCAAAACUGAAAUUCCCCAGUUUGCAGAACUAGUUGACUCGUAUAACAAGAUUCACGAGGAACGUCGAGUACAGGAAGAACGCGACUGUCUGGCGGCGCAAGAGGGAAAAGACAAACAGAAAGCGGCAGAGGCAGAAGAGCCAAACCAGGAGGAGAUGGACGCAUUGUGGGAUCAGUUCAUGGAUGCUGAUGCCUUCAAAUGA